AUGUUUCGUAGAAUACGACCGUCAACAACUUACAGAUUUUUAUCAAAUGUACAUCAACAGAAAGUUUCGGGUUUAUUAAAGUUUUUCAAAAAAACUAAAAGAAGAGCUGAUUUAAAUGAUCCAACUCAUCCAAGUAAUGUAAAUUUUUUAGAAAUUUGUGAUUUUUUAACCAAAUAUUCAAAACAAACCACCACUAAAAUAACAGAUCAAGAUAUACAUAACCCAUAUGAAAUACUAAAAGCAUUUCUACCAUUUCAAAGAAAAGAUCAUAUUAUUUCAAACGUAAAAAUAUGGGGUGUUUCAAACAAUGGUGAAGGUAUUGCUAUAGUUCCAAAAUCAAUGUAUGCAUCUGAAUAUGCUGAUUCUGAAUCAAUUUUGGGAAAAUACACCGUGUUGUUGAUACCCAAAACUACAACUGGAGAUAGAGUAAAAGUUUUAUUAAAAAUGCAUCAUGAAUUUUAUGCUGAAGGUGAAUUAAUUGAAAUAUUAAAUGAUACACCCAAGAGACAAAGGAAUAUUUUAUGUAAUCAUUUCCAGAAAUGUAAUGGAUGUCAAUUACAAUCGUUAUCAUAUCCAGAGCAACUAGAGUUCAAGCAGAACAUAAUCAAAAAGGCUUAUCAAUUUUUUUACCCACUGCUAAAAUUGUCAUCAAAUUUUGGAGUAGUAAAUCCAUCACCUUUACAAUAUGCAUAUAGAACAAAAUUAACUCCACAUUUUGAAAACAAGGGAAAUAAAUGUGUUAAAUUGGGGUUUCAACAUGUAAAUCAUAGAGGUAAAAUAGAUGUUGAACAUUGUCCUAUUGCAACUCCCGAAAUAAAUGGAAAAUUAACAGAGGCAAGAGCAAAAUAUAUAGGGAAUGAAGCAAUGAGACAAUUGACGCUAAGACAAAGUUUAAGAAUUGAUAAUGAUACUGGUGAAUUUCAUGAGGUGGCGCUAGAGGGACAACGAAAAGUUAUAACUGAAAAGAUAGGGGAGUUUGUUUUUCAAUUUGAUAGUAACUGCUUUUUCCAAAAUAACAAUGCUAUAUUACCAUCAGUUUUGGAUUACAUUAAAUAUCAUGUUAACCAGCUUGAAAGACCCGUGAAAAAUAUAAUAGAUACUUACUGUGGUGUUGGAUUUUUUGGAAUUUCUUUAUCUAACCUUAACAACAAACUAAAAGUAUUUGGGAUUGAAAUUAGUGAGUCUAGUAUCAACUAUGCGAAUCAUAAUCUUAAAAUUAAUGGUUUAGAUCCCGAGAGAGUGAAAUUUAUAUAUGGUGAUGCUUCAAAUAUUUUCAAAAACGAGAAUUUUCAAAAAAUGGGAAUAAGUGGAGAUGGAAGUGUAGUUAUUGUGGAUCCUUCUAGGAAAGGUUCAGAUUUAAAUUUCAUGAAACAGCUACUAGAAUUUGAACCAGAUCUCAUUGUUUACAUCAGUUGCAAUAUGUAG